CCCCACCCCCGCCUAUGGGACGGCCCAGCUCUCCCCGCAGAGGAAUGGGCUGGCCCGGCGAUGCGCGGGCGGGAGGGACGGCGGCGGCCCUAGAUGGCGGAGCUGCAGCUGGACCCAGCGAUGGCGGGGCUGGGAGCGGGUGGAGGCAGUGGGGUGGGCGACGGGGGCGGGCCAGGUCGCGGGCCCCCCAGUCCUCGCCCAGCUGGCCCAACACCCCGGGGGCACGGCCGCCAGCCCGCCGCUGUCGCGCAGCCAUUGGAACCCGGUCCCGGACCGCCCGAGAGGGCGGGGGUCGGUGGCGCGGCUCGCUGGGUCCGGCUGAAUGUGGGCGGCACCUACUUCGUGACUACCAGGCAGACCUUAGGCCGGGAGCCCAAGUCUUUCCUCUGCCGCCUCUGCUGCCAGGAGGACCCAGAGCUGGACUCAGACAAGGAUGAGACGGGAGCCUAUCUGAUUGACAGAGACCCUACCUACUUUGGUCCUAUCCUAAACUACCUCCGCCAUGGGAAACUCAUCAUUACUAAGGAGUUGGCAGAAGAAGGCGUUCUGGAAGAAGCAGAGUUUUACAAUAUCGCCUCUCUCGUGCGCCUGGUUAAGGAGAGGAUACGAGACAAUGAGAACAGAACUUCACAAGGCCCCGUGAAGCACGUGUACAGAGUCCUGCAGUGUCAAGAGGAAGAGCUCACGCAGAUGGUCUCUACCAUGUCUGACGGCUGGAAGUUUGAACAGCUAAUCAGCAUUGGAUCCUCAUAUAACUAUGGAAAUGAGGACCAGGCCGAAUUUCUCUGCGUCGUCUCCAGAGAAUUAAAUAAUUCUACCAACGGCAUUGUCAUAGAGCCAAGUGAAAAGGCAAAGAUUCUUCAGGAGAGAGGCUCUCGGAUGUAAGCUGAGAAUCUGAAAUCCCAGAAUCCUGAAGGAUGGAAGAGGGAUCCAGCAGGGGAACGCCGCAGACUUGUGCCUGUACAGUCACUGAGCUACUGCAAAGCAAAGCUGGGCCUGGUCCCUGGCGAGGACGUGUCCCCCCGCCCCUCAGGAUCCCCAGGACAGCUGCAGCCCUGGCUGCAGACCACCUUUGCAGAAGCUUGCUUUUGUUUGCUUAGCCAGUAUUCUGACAGAUUUGAUGACAGCAGCUGGGCUGGGUCCCCAGGUGGAGCCUUUUAGAGGUCUGCGGGAAGGGAAGGAUGGUGGGUCCUUGGAAACAUCUAGAUGUCAAGGAAGCUGGAGAGGAAGGAGGAGGAGUGUCCUGAGCUUUGCCCUCUUCUCACCUGUGGGUGCCAUGGUGGACGCUGGCAGCUGCUUCUGACCCCUCCUUCCCUCCUGCUAGUCCCCCACAAGGAGUGCUGAGAGGCAGCAGCUUCUCGCUUCUGUGUGUUAGACUGAAGUUUGGAGCCGAGGAGAGUUACCAGAGGAUGUGUACUGUGCACAGAGCCUCUGCAGCAAGGGAGGACGGAUGUCCCUUGCUGUGGUGGGCAUUGGUGGGCACUGCUCUCAUCUGACACUGUGCUGCUCCCAUGAGCAACUUUACUGGGCGUCAUGAGGCCUGCUUUGUCCCCAGGAAGGGGUUUGAGGCAGACAGAAAUGCAGCCUUAUCCUCAUUGACCCGUUUUGCUUCCCUGGCUUUUUAACUGGACCAAAGAUAAAGGACUUUGUGGACCCUCCAGUGGCUUGGGGUGGGAACAGCUGUUUCUCUGGAAGCUGCCAAAUAUGUCGAGUUGCCAAAUGUAAAAGUGGCAUUGUUUCUGUGAUGGUCCGCAGAUGCCCAAGUGAACGUACCAUUUGUGUCUCUCCAUGGUUUCUGACCUCAGCAGACCUGCCCCACAGCACCUUGAGUGACUCUGCAGUGUUCCCUACAGUGUGUGUUGGCAGGCAGUUAGGCCUUCAUUGUCUCUGGUCCCACCCUACCCCUGUGACUUUCCUGGGAGCACCAUGUCACAUCAAGUGCUUGUCUGAGCAGGGUGCCAUGGAGCUUGUACCCAAAUUUCUCCUCUGAGCGUUUGUGUCUCGGUGAGCAGCCAUGAAGAGCAGAGGAGCUACAGCGUCCUUCGUUUUCCCUAGACAGCUUCCAGGAACACGGCACACGGAGAGACAGAAAGGUGCCUCUGGGGAACGUACUGCCUAACAGCCGCCUUGGCCCCAGCACCCACUCGGGGCACCCUUAAAGCUGAGUUCUGUGGCUCGGCUGCUCAUCAGGGGCACAGGGCAGGGAUUUCUAGAAAGACUGCACUAUACCAGGUACCUUUGGAGCGAAUAACCUGCUGGUGUUCCUGAGGACAUUGUCUUCAGGACCCUCACACGCGUCCUCCUUGCUCUGCCUGUGGACUAGCACAGAAGCGUGCGCACAGCUUCCGGCAGCCUGCACGUGGCACCACUGUAAGUGCACAUGUUGGCCCCUCAGAAACCUGGCACGUGGGAUAUUUUUACAGCUGAAACACGUUACAGAACUACUUACAGGAAGUACAGUCAUUCCUCCCAAAGGGUCAUGGGCUUUCACACACACACAAAGAUUUAGAUAUAGUCGGAGAAAAGCAGAGAACAGGAAUUACUGCUCUGCCUACCGUAGGACAGAGGACUUUGGAAGAGGGACUUUGGCCAAAUGGAGUAUCCUCAUACUAGGAGAAGCACUUCGCUGGGGGCCUCGCAGUCACUCCUAUAGGCCCCUGUCCCUUUGCUUCCCAGACCAUGCAUGAUGCUCAGCACUGAGCAGGGGUCUGGGCAGGGCCAGUUCUAGCACCACGUUCAGCGAGAAGGAAUGAGGCGGGAGGUGGCCCCAGGCAAGUGCCUGGCAAAUGCAGUGUUACCCUCCUGGACUCCCCCCACCUCCACCAAAACACUGCUGCUGAGCCCCGAGCCCAGUGCACUGGGAAAUGUGUACUUCUGCCUGGCAGAGGGCACUUCGAAGGUCCCUCUGCUCUGGGCUCCAGGAGUCAGAGGGAGGUUGGUUUUUUCAGGGUUCUUAGAAGUAGUUUUGUUUUUUGAGUUUUUAGAUUUUAUUUGAAUAUUGAUUCAAAGAAAUAAACAGUAGGGAGUUUGAAUACUGACUUAUACUUGGAUAUUAAAAUUGUAAAUUAUCUUAGUUAUUGUAACGCAAUUAUGAAAAUACUUUCAGUGGCCUAGGAACAAUGUAGGGUCAGAAUUUUGACUCCUAACUCUUCCCCCAAACAACCAGAGGCUGCAAACACGGAGCCACAAAUGAUUCUGUUCAAGUUUUGAGAGCCACACAACCCCAAAGACUAUGCAAAUCAAGGGGAGCACUGGAGGGAAUGCCUCUUCCUGACCCAAGUCCACCGGAAAGGGCAAAUGUGGACCAGCCCCAAAUACAGCUGCCUGGUCUGUUUAGACCAUGGCCUUGGGGAGUGAGAGGGGACUCUCUGCUGUGAGUUAUCUUACCUGAGUCCUAAGGUUCACGCCAGUGUCCCUGCUCCUCGGCCUCCUACUCUGGGGAGUCUGGCUGCUGGCUGCUCCCUGGAGAAGGAGGUCUGUCCUCCCUCCCAUUGGUUUACGAAUAUUGCAUGACCAGUGCUACCCACAGUCCCUGGGUCCCCAGGACCACCAGAUGGGGAGUGUCCCUGCCUCAGGUCUGGACACUUCUGUUAUUUCACCGGAGCCUCAUCCCUUUGUUGGGUGUGAGGGGGGACCAGCCUCCUCUGCAGUGACUUCAUUUCUGCAGUCAUUGCUCUUUGGUGUCAGCAAGACGUGGGGUGGAAGCAACAGAGAUGAUGAGUAGAGCCAAAGGGACCCCCCACACUCUCUAGCACAGCCUUUGAUCCAGACCUUUGGGACCAUAGACGUCACUUGUGGGUACCCUUUUGUUAUUGUUCAUGUGUCUGAACAAAGUCUGAAACGCUGUGACUUUUUUUUUUUUUUUUUUUUUGGUCAAUAAAGAUGAAAGAAAUUCA